AUGACGUGGAAGGUCCUCUACGCCGCGUUGAAGAACCUAAUCUCGUACGCGAUGCUGGUGACUGCAGCGCCCCUGUCAUCUCCGACACACCAGCAGGCCUUACCUGCGCUUCCAAAGCUCUCGCCGGAGGAGGAGAGGAUCGAAAUGCAGGAUAAGCUCGGGAGGUAUAUUCAGGAGAUGCGGGAGACAUUCAUCCAGGACCUCACGACGUCCAACGAGCUUCUGACGGAGAUUUCGCAAUACUAUGCGAAGCGACCCUCGAAGCUCAUGCGCCCUCGUUUGAUUCUUCUGACUGCGCUUGCCGUUAAUGCGAGCGUUGGCGAACGCGAUGCUCUGCCUCAGCAGGUCCGCCUCGCCGAGGUCGUCGAGAUGAUCCACGUUGUCUCACUCCUGCACGACGAUGUCAUCGACGAAUCCGACACCCGCCGGGGCGACAUGUCCGCACCCGCCAGGUACGGCAACAAGAACAGUAUCCUCGCUGGCGACUUCGUCCUUGGACGCGCCAUGUCCCUCAUCGCCACGCUCGGGCACUUCGACGCGAUGCGCGAGAUCGCAGGCGUUGUGACUACGCUGGUCGAGGGCGAGAUCAUCCAGGCGGAGGACUCCAUUGCGCUGAGCGACAAGGCGAGGGCGGGACAGGCGGCGGACCAGUGGGGGUCGUAUAUGGAGCGCAUCUUCUUGAAGACGGGCAGUCUGUUUGCGCGCGCGUUGAGGAGCACGGCGAUGCUUUCUGGCUUGCCGAGCGACGACGAGCGGGUGCUUGCGGUGGGAGACUAUGGCACGGAGCUCGGACUGGCGUUCCAGAUCAUCGACGAUGCGUUGGAUUUCAAGGAGACUCCUGUUGACAGUGCGGGAAAGCCCACGGGCGCUGUUGACCUGAGCCUUGGGCUCAUCACCGCACCUGUCUUCUACGCACUCGAGGAGCGCCCGAACGAGCUUGCGCCAUAUGUCUUGCGCAAGUGCUCCGAGCCGGGCGACACCGCGGAAGUCGUUAGGCUGGUCAGGGAGACGUCGGCUCUGCAACGCACUUACGCCCUUGCAGCCGAACAUGCGCAGAAGGCGCGUGAUGCCCUCCAAGCUCUCCCAAGCACUCUUGCAAGGGAUGCGCUGGAGGCGCUGACGAUGAAGGUCUUAUCGAGGGAUAAGUAG